AUGAAACUGGAGAAGAAAAAUGCAGAUGAUAAUCCUGAAGAAGAAUUGUAUGGUAUUCAAAAGGAACGUAAUAUUAGGCAAGUUCAAUUUGGACUAGGCAAGAAAUUUCUGACUUGGUAUGGUAGUAAUGUUUAUUUUAACAAAUCUACGCGAUUAUUAGGAUAUAUCAAUAUGCCAAAAAGCCCUGGGAAAAAGGGUAAGAUACAGUCACCAGUAGGUCAAUAUUGGUUGGAUACACUUUAUAUAUGUGAAUACUGCUUUAAGUAUACAGACCAACUGAAAGAACUAGAGUCUCAUAUUAGUCAUUGUUUAUAUGCAAAAAAAGCUCCUGGCCGAAUAAUGUACAAGAGCCCUGAUAUCACAAUAAGACGGGUGAAAGGUUGGAAGCAUGAAUUAUAUUGUCAAUGUCUAUGUCUAUUCACUAAAUUAUUUUUAGAUAAUAAAUCAAUGUAUUUUAAAUUGCCACAUUAUGAGUUUUAUAUCAUCUAUAAGACAGGUUCCACGAAACCAAUGGGCUAUUUUUCAAAGGAUAUAUUGUCAUAUGCCAGAUAUAAUUUAGCCUGUAUUUUAACAUUUCCACCUUAUCAGAGACAGCAUGUUGGGACGUACUUGAUGGAAUUUUCUUACAAGUUAUCAAAGUUAGAAGGUAUUGCUUCAGGUCCUGAAACACCUUUAUCGCCUUUUGGGUUAAUUAGCUACAUAAAUUACUGGUCAAGAAUUAUUGCUAUGGAAUUAUUAGAAGGUGAGUUAAUGGGUUAUAAUUAUGUUACACUGGAGAUGAUAUCAAAAGUUACAGGGUUCAGAAUAUCAGAUAUCAUUACAACGUUUAAGCAGCUGGACUGUUUGGAUGAAAAUGAUAAUAUCUUACUUAACAAGUUGAAGAUGUGGGCUAAAGGAAAAAGUAAGCAUUUAAAGGGUUAUUAUUUAGAUAAUGAAUAUUUUCUGGCUGACGCAUGA